AUGGCCACCUUCUCAUAUCUGGCCUACUUUCCUGUAAGGUGCUCUUCCAAUAGGGAUAGCUACGACCCGAAUAAGCAAAAGCUGAAUAACAUCAAGAUUAAUGGAACUUCUACCAAGUCCACAACCAAGCAGGUUGAGGCCGGAGUGACAACUACUUUCACUUCUGUUGCUUCUGUUACUGCAAAUGGCUACAUGACUGAACAGAAAGUUCGACAGAACAUCCCGACAACGAAGCAGUCUGUCGAUCAUUUUCGACAAGGGAUUGCCGUUGAAGGGGGCGUGGGGUACAGACAGAGGGUUGUUAUUAGGUCCUAUGAGGUCGGUCCUGAUAAAACUGCAACACUGGAGAGCAUCCUCAAUCUUCUUCAGGAAACAGCUUUGAAUCAUGUGUGGAUGUCUGGACUCCUCAGUGAUGGAUUUGGAGCAACCCAUGGAAUGAUGAAGAAUGAUCUUAUUUGGGUUGUCUCCAGAAUGCAAGUUCAAGUUGAUCAGUAUGCAAUCUGGGGAGAGGUACUGGAAAUUGACACUUGGGUAAGAGCAUCAGGGAAGAAUGGUAUGAAGCGUGACUGGUUAAUCCGAAGCCAAGCCACGGGCCAAGUUUUUGCUCGGGCAACCAGCACCUGGGUGAUGAUGAACCGGAAAACAAGGCGCCUCUCGAAAAUGCCAGAAGAGGUGAGGGCUGAGAUUGCACCUUGGUUUAUAGGGAAACAGGCCAUUGCAGAUGAUGUCCCUGAGAAAAUUGUCAAGUUGGACAACAAGGCCAUGUAUGUGAACAGCGACUUGAAGCCCAAGAGAAGUGAUUUGGACAUGAACCACCAUGUCAACAAUGUGAAGUAUGUUAGAUGGAUGCUUGAGACCGUUCCGGACCAUAUUUUGGAGUCCCACCAACUGUCUGACAUCAUACUAGAAUACAGAAGGGAAUGUGGGAGUUCAGAUAUAGUUCAAUCACUUUGUGAUCCAGAUGAAGAAGGAAUGCUUAUAGAGGGACUGAAACAACAAGAGAACCGUGACAUGAAUUUAAUGAAUGGGUAUUCUUUGGCAGCUGGAAUUCUUGAGGGUGGUGGGUUCCUAGGGUUCGAGAAGCCACCAUUGAGGUAUACACAUCUCCUCCAAAUCAAUGGGGAGACUAAAAAUGAAGAGAUAGUUAGAGGACGAACUACAUGGAAGAAAAAAUCACCCACCACUCCAUUUUCUUCUAUGUAGCAAAUAUUGUAUAAAACAAGGGGUUUAGAAGCUUGUCCAAUCUUUGAACAUCAUUGACUCGUCCUCUGCCUAAAGGGAUUUAGGGUUUGAAAGGUAAAAAGGCGUGCUAUGGGUACGCUCUAAACCCCCAAGGAUCUUUCAUUGUUUUGGUUCUGCUAGCUUCAUGGGAAGCUGACUGAAGAUCCUAAUAAACGAGCCAGAGGUGUAAAUGUCAAGUACCCAGAAAAGGGUAACAGAAGAACACAAGAAGCAUCGUGGAUUCUACAGAGUGAAAUAAGUGUAAUGAGUGGAGAUGAUGAAUGUGAAAAAUGAACAUUAGCUUAGCUUCAUAGGUAAAGGGGCCAAACAGGGAAUUAUUAAAAUGGGUCGUUUGAUAUGGAUCUGUAUAGCCAUUGUUGUCAUA